GUGCGUAUUUCUGUCAGUAUUUACGGUACAUGUGAAUAUUUCUCACAUCCAUUACAGCAAACACCGUGAAAUAAACCGCGAGGAGAAGUUAAAGAUGUGAAAUGAAUCGGAACGAGAAGAGAUUCAAUGAGAUUUAGUGAAAGAGAUCAAAUCAUGUUAAACGUCUCAGCUUUGAUGAACUUCAUACAGAUUCCUCUGGACAUUAGGAUGAGAUGGAGAUAUGGGUCAUUGUUGGUCUUUCUGCUUUUAAGCCUGAAGUUCACAAGUGGAGACCAAGACAUCCGACCCAACUUUCUUCUCAUAAUGGUUGAUGAUUUAGGAAUCGGUGAUAUCGGUUGCUAUGGAAACGACACCAUCAGAACACCAAACAUAGAUAAACUGGCCAGAGAUGGAGUGAAACUGACCCAUCAUCUAUCAGCUGCACCUCUCUGUACACCCAGCAGAACUGCGUUCAUGACCGGACGUUACGCCCUACGCUCCGGUCUGGGAAGCACAGGAAGAGUUCAGGUUAUUCUUUUUCUGGGUGGGUCAGGAGGGCUUCCACCUCAUGAGAUCACCUUUGCUAAACUUCUGCAGAAACAGGGCUACAACACCGGCAUUGUGGGUAAAUGGCAUUUAGGUGUGAACUGUGAGAACAGAAAUGACCUCUGCCAUCAUCCCAACAAUCACGGCUUUAACUUCUUCUACGGUCUUCCCUUCACAAACUUUAAUGACUGUAAGCCCGGGGAGGAGUCGGACGUGCUGGCUGAUGUACAGCAAAGAUUGUUGGAGAUCUCUUGCGUGGUGGCAUUCGCAUUUCUCACAGCGUUUAUGAUCCGAGCUGUAGGGCUGAUGGAGGUCAGCGUCAGACUCCUGAUACUUCUGUCCGUUCUCUCUCUGCUGGUGUUCUCGUUGUGGUACGUUCCCUUUAAACACCUGCGGACCUGGAACUGCAUCAUCAUGAGAAACAGCGAGGUGGUGGAGCAGCCCAUGAACCUCCAGACUUUAAAUAAACGUCUGAUGAGUGAAGCCGAGCAGUUUGUAGAAAGAAACAGAGACGGGCCUUUUCUUCUCUUCUUCUCAUUGGUUCACGUGCACACGCCGCUCUUUGUGUCCGAGAGCUUUUCUGGGAAGAGUAAACACGGGCUGUAUGGGGACAAUGUUGAAGAAGUGGACUGGAUGGUUGGUCAGAUGGUGAAGACAGUUGAAAGGUUGGAGUUGACUAAUAAAACCAUGAUGUACUUCACAUCAGAUCACGGCGGUUACAUCGAAGACUCGGACGCUGGCGGUCAGAAAGGAGGCUGGAAUGGAGUUUAUCGAGGUGGUAAAGCAAUGGGAGGCUGGGAGGGAGGCAUUCGAGUGCCCGGGAUAUUCCACUGGCCCGGACGUCUGACAGCCGGUAAAGAAAUUUCAGAGCCGACGAGUCUGAUGGAUGUUUAUCCUACAUUGGUGAAGUUGGCCGGAGGAGAGCCGCCUCAUGACAGAAUCCUGGACGGUCACGAUCUGAUGCCUCUGCUGGAAGGUCAAAGCAAUCGUUCACAGCACGAGUUCAUGUUUCAUUACUGUGGCAUGUAUCUGAACGCUGUACGCUGGCAUCCGGCCGACAGUGAUUCUGUUUUUAAAGUUCAUUACUUUACACCAAAUUUUUCUCCUCCUGGAGCGAUCGGAUGUUACGACAUAAAGAUCUGCAUGUGUCAUAGGGAUUAUGUUACGUAUCACGACCCUCCUCUGAUGUUCGACCUGAGCAGGGACCCUUCAGAGAGUCAUCUUCUCACACCUGACACAGAGCCGCGCUACACAGAAGUGCUGGAGAGAGUCAAGAGCGCUGUGAUCGAGCAUCGUAAAACUCUGAAGCCUGCAGAGAAACAACUGACCUGGGCUAACGUGAUGUGGAAACCCUGGUUACAACCGUGCUGUGGGAACUUUCCCUUCUGCUCGUGCUCAGAAGAUCACAUGACAUCUGCACAGACAUCAUAAUACAUUCAUCACAACUCAUACUUAUUUAAGAAGAAAUGAAAUUAAGCGUUGUGAAUUAUCUCAUCAUUCCAUCCAUGCACACAGAGUCACUUUUUUCCUCUUUCAAGCUGGUUGGUUUGGAUCAAGGCUCAGGACUCUUUAUUGCAGACAGUACGUUCAUUUCAAAUGCCAGAAAUAAAAAAAAUCAAAUCAUUAUUCAGUAAUCACAAUAGACUGGAAUAAUUAGUAAUAGAUAUUCAAGAAGUGAGAACCCAGUUUAAGUGGAUGAUAGUUUAUGUGUAUUAUGCCUAAAGAGCCACAAGAGGGCCAUCUUUCCUCUUAAAUAUUCACUCAUGUCUUUGCUGUCUGUUAUAGACUGGACAUGUACAGUAGAUUUUUACUAAUAAUAAAAUACUAACUGCUGGAA